CAAGCAGGAACAGUUCUCGCAAAGCUUGCAGUUUAUUAUUGUAAUCACCGAUCAUUAGGUCGACACGUGACACAUGUGUCGCAUGCUGCUAGGAUCAACAGCAUCAAAAGCCUCUCGUUCUAAGUUGCUAAAAAAUCAAAGUAUGCAGCAAGCUUCAAACCAAAGCGGCCAGGAGGAAUUUCUGUGGCACAAAGAUGGUUACCUAGCUUAUGGGACUGUCAUGUUCUGCAUCCUAACCAUUGGUUUUGUUGGCAAUGGUUUAACUCUUGUCGUGCUGUACCAAAGGGAACAUCGUAACCGUGGUGUAAACUCUCUAAUGCUGAAUCUCGCCCUGGCGGACAUUUUCAUCGUCGCCUUAGGUUACCCAAUAGCAAUUCAAGCCAAUCUCAGGGGGAUUUCACUGGACAGAUCUCGAUGCAUCUGGUCUGCCUUUGUAAACGGUACCGUGGGUAUAGCGUCCAUUGCAACCCUAACUGAAAUGGUUUUCGUCCCGUACUAUGGCCUGAAGCAAGUAAACUCUGAUGCUAGACUAUCAAUGGGACAAAUCGCAUGUAUGACUGCCGGCGCGUGGUUUUAUGGAUGUCUUUGUAUGGCUCCACCUCUUUUAGGCUGGAAUAGAUUCGUUCUUGCCGCCUCUAAAGUGAGUUGUUGUCCUGACUGGGCAGGAAGAUCAGCUUCGGACACAGCUUACAGUCUUCUCCUCGUUGUCUUUGGAUUUUUUCUUCCGCUUACUGUCAUGGUCCUGUACUACUACAAAAUAUACAGUCUUGUUCAUCAAGCCGUUGUGCCAGGAAACAUCGCAGUGCAAAUGAGACGACGGUAUUCCAAAUUAAAGAUAGUGCGCAUGACCGCGCUAUCUGUGGUAGUUUUUGUGCUGAGCUGGUCGCCCUACUGCUUAGUCAGCCUCGUUGCAGUCUUCACCGGGAAGCAUGUGAUAACGUCCGGAGAGGCGGAAAUUCCCGAGUUGUUGGCUAAAGCAUCUGUUAUCUACAACCCUAUUGUGUAUACCAUUAAGAAUAGAAGGUUUCGAACAACGCUGCUUCGUAUCUUAAACGUAAGACGGAAUAGAAACCAAGAGCAUUCGUUAACGUAUCCGUCGAGAAGUAGAGAUAUCUUUCAAAAUGGUGUACGUCGAUAUGACAAUACAAAGAGAAAAAGCCAGAACCCUAUACAUAUCAUAAAAUUGAUUCCGCGAGGUCCUCUUGCAGAACGGGUCGAGCAAAAUAACAUUACUGUGUAGUGGGGCAUCUAGAAAAUUUCGGAUCUCAUUAAAGGUUCUUGUCAUUCAAGACUGAUUUAGAUGCAUCCUUUUGCUUCAGAGUAGGCCUUGAAUAAAUAUUGAUAUAGACCGGUAACUAACUCUAUUGGUUAGCAGCUUGUCAGCUUGUAUGCUCACUUAACACAGAACAGAAAGUUUUUACCCGUCUACGACCUAAAUCUGCUACUAAAAUCAGAAUAGUUUUGGUUAAGUCAUCAUUUAAUAAAAGUGUUCUUGGUUCUAAUUGCAUCGUGUAGUUAU